AUGUUUCCUUUUGCUUUUAUUCCUCAAGACUUAUAAAGUUCUUUCAACUUUUGUUAACCUUUAUAUUAAUUUCCAUGGAUGUAUCCUUAUUCUUAGUAUGGAAACUUCUCGGCCAACUAUUUGCCAUAGUUUCCAAGAAUAAACUGCAGCUUUUAAUAGCCUGAGAUUCACAGCCAGCCAAACCAAAUAACGACGCCAUAAAUUUAAGGAAAGUCCUCAAAAACGUUUCAGAGAUCUUUUUAAAAUGAACCCAUUGAAACGCCGACUAGUAUUGAUCACAAUUAAUCCAUCAAUAUGCCCGUACCUAUUUUGAACAAAAAGAAAAAGAAAAAAUCCACUAAAAGCAAAUUCUUUAAAAAAGGUAUGUUAUUGGUUUUAACUGAGAAAGGCCAUUGGACUAAUAAAGAGCAUAGACUAUAUAUAUAGUUUAUUGAGAGUCACAAAGAGAUUAUGUCAGAUUCAGAUUAGAAGAAAAUGAAUAAAAUAUUUAAACAGAUGUCAGAUUUCCUAAAAACUAGAUCUGCAAGCCAAUGCCGAUCUCAUCAUUAGAAAUUCAAUCCAUAUGAGUUAACAGGUUUGAGUGCUGUGAAGAAUUCAAGCGAAUUUAAGAUUGUUAAUGAAUGA